AUGUCUGAUCUGAUCACAAGAGGAACUUGGAUCAAAUGGCUGUAUCAAGGACAACAUUCAAAACUCUGUUUGGAGUUCAUAGUGUCAUUCACGGACAGUCAUUUCUACCCAUCCUCACCUGCUCUAUACUGCACACCAGGAGCAUCUAUGAGCGAGAUUACCGCAGACAAGGACAAGCCACCUGACACCCACUGGCCCUGGCAAAAAAUACGUUUAGAUUUCUCUAAAGGUGUGGAUGGUAUUAAGAAGCAGUUUGGGCUGUUAAAGGAUGAAUUUGUCCAGUGCUGGACUGGGCCAGAGGGAAAGCCGUUAAUAGAGCACAUUCUGGAGCAAACCCGGGUCCAGUGGGAGUUCCGUGGACCCGAGAGUCUAAAUCAGUGGAUUGUGCCUAGUGCCCGACCGAUAUAUCGGUCGGCCGAUAUUAGUCUUUCACCGAUAUAUCGUUAUCGGCGUAUUUGUUUACUGAUAUGCGCAUAUAUGAAAACUUUUAGGGGCAAUAACAUGCGUAUCCGUGGGGAUGGAAGACCAUGGAUGGUAAACAUUUCAGCCGAGACCUCCUUUUCUCAUCAGAGUGAUGACAUUUACAGUUACUUUCUCUACACCAGAGGUGGACCUUACUGGCAGGAUGUCAAGAUUCCAUUCACUAAGUUUUUUCUUUCUAGCCAGGGAAGAAUACAAGAUGAUCAGCAUGUCCUCUGGUUAGAGAAGGUAAACAGUAUUGGUUUUACAUUUGGGGACAAAGCUGAUGGCCCAUUUCAGCUUGAAAUUGACAUCACUGCGCUGUGUAACGACCACACCCACACAGGGGAGUUUGCAUAUGAGCUUUACAAGAGAAACAGAGGUUUGACUGGACUAAACUGGACUCAGGAAAUGGAUGACAGCAUCUAUGGCUUUAUUUUAAUCUACUGCUUUAUUUUAUACAAACAAUGAAACGUGGAC